GACUAAACAUGAUACCUCCUACUAUUUGUGACGUAAUCACAACAAUCCAGUAGUUCCGUGACACUUGGCAUUUCUCUGAGAAUAACCAAGGAAAAGGCAAAAAUAUUAACAUCAGGAGCCAUGAAGUGCUGACAAUGGUCCAGCCCAAUGUAGCUAUGACAUUUUUCAGUUUUUGUUCGUUUCUUGGAUGGUUUUUGUACAUUUUGGUCGUGUUUACUUCGCAAGGACAGAGUUAUGUUUCGUCGUGGUUUUCGAACUCGUUAUUUGUGCGAAAGCGAAUGUCAAUAUGGCACGACCAUAAAUAUUACCAUUUUCCUGAAUCAGAAAGAUUGCGACGAAUUGAGGACGUUAAACGAAUGUUUCAAUUUGGCUACGAUAAUUAUAUGAAAUAUGCAUUUCCUUUAGAUGAAUUAGAUCCUAUACAUUGUACCGGUCGGGGCCCAGAUCGAGAAAAUCCGGGUAAUCUAAAUAUUAAUGAUGUUCUUGGAGACUAUUCAUUGACAUUAAUAGACAGCUUAGAUACUCUUGCAAUAAUUGGGAAUGCUAGUGAAUUCCAGAAAGCUGUGCAGCUUGUUUCAGAUACAGUUUCAUUUGAAAAAAAUUCCACCGUCCAAGUAUUUGAAUCAACAAUAAGAAUAAUUGGAGGAUUAUUAUCAGCCCACCUGCUUAUAUUAGAUCCUAACAAACCAUUAGGGGAUCUAGCGCCUCCAGACUAUGAUGACAACCUACUUCAUCUCGCACAUGAUCUUGCCACAAGACUUCUUCCAGCUUUUGAAAACUCUACAACAGGGCUUCCCCAUCCAAGAGUGAAUUUAUGCACAGGUGUCCCUGAAGGAGGGGUCCAGGAGACAUGCACUGCUGGAGCUGGGUCCUUGCUCCUGGAGUUUGGGCUCCUUAGUACCCUGGUUGAGGAUCCUGUCUUUGAAAGCCUUGCCAGGAAGGCAAUGACUUCAUUGCUUGAGAGAAAGUCAAACAAUACUGGCUUGCUUGGUAAUGUGAUGAAUAUUCAGACAGGCCAAUGGGUUGGAGUUCAAAGUGGUCUAGGAGCAGGGCAAGACUCCUUCUAUGAGUACUUAUUGAAGAGUUUCAUCAUGUUUGGGGAUCAACAGUACCUUCAUGCAUUCAAUGAACUAUACAGCAAUGUCAAGAAGUACAUGAGAAAAGGACGUAAACUCUGCAGAUCUGGUGUUGGCGAUAGUCCCUUAUAUGUGAAUGUGAACAUGAACACAGGAAACCUUAUGAACAAUUGGGUUGAUUCAUUACAGGCAGCGUUUCCUGGAAUCCAGGUACUGGCUGGUGAUUUGGAUGAAGCUAUAUGUACCCAUGCUUACUACUAUGCCAUCUGGCGCAAGUUUAGUGCCCUCCCGGAGAGGUUUGAUUGGUCCCGUAAGAAUGCUAAUGUACUCUUUUACCCUCUGCGCCCAGAGCUUGUAGAAUCUACAUAUCUUCUAUAUCAGGCAACUGGCCAUCCGUUCUACCUCUUUGUUGGGAGCGAUAUAAUGGAUAGUAUUGAGACAUACACAAAGGCCAAAUGUGGGUAUGCAACUCUUCAUAAUGUUAUCACCAAGACAAAAGAAGAUCGAAUGGAGAGUUUUUUCCUUAGUGAAACAUGCAAGUACCUUUACUUGUUGUUUGAUAGAGAUAACUACAUCAACCGAGCAGCUUCUAGGUAUAUAUUCAACACUGAAGGUCAUGUGCUUCCUAUCAAGAGCCAGUAUAGAUCUAAGGAUUGGUGGCAAUAUAACACUGAUAGCUGUUUAUUCAACAAGUCAUGUGAUAAAGGAAAGGAUCAAAAUAAUACAGAGUGCAUCGGUGUAUCAAAGCAUUCACUGCCCCUCGACAUCUCGUAUCUGGAUCAGAUUGAUCACAUGGUUGGAAUAUAACGAUACGCAAGAUCUAUUCUUUGUCUGCCUGCAAUCUCCAUGCCAGUAAGAUUGCCACUUCAAGAACAUCAUUAGUAAUGUGUUACAUCACUGAGUGGCUAACUCUUAAUCCAUGCACAAAGUCAAUAGAGAAGCAGGUGUGUCCUCUGAUGUCCUCAGAUAACGAAAUAGCAGCCUAAGAUGAUUAUUUUUUUACAGUAUUGUUUACUUUUACAUAAUUUAUUACUUGUUGACGAUGCCUUUCUUUUUGUCAAUUGUUUAUUUUAAGGAUUUUGAUAAUUAAAUAUUGAUUUAUAAUAAUUGAGUUUUAGUUCUAUGGAAAAGGGAGAGAGAGAGAGAGAGAGAGAGAGAGGGGGGAUAGACUUAAGCAAAAUAAUCUAUAAGACCAUGAUGCGACAAGCUACAUGUAUGCAACAAAACUCAGCAACAUUUUUGUGUACAAAUCCACAGUACAGAGCCAAGCAAAAUUAGUUCUUCACUUUGUAAUAAAAUAAUACAGACCAAUCUCACUCUUUUUUUAAUGACUUGAUAAAGAAAUGGAUGCCAAAAUUUUCACAACUUUGGAUAAUUUGUUGAAGCAUUAUGUGAAGCCAUUUGUCUUAUCAAUCUUUAUGGAAAUGUUGCUGAGCUUUGUUUUGCCAUACAUGUAUCCGAACAAGGCUUUGUAAUAAGGCACUUUGUCAAAAGCCAGAGUCGGGUCUUUUGAGCAGCAAUCCAGCAAGCAGCUAUUCAUUCCUCAUGUUUUCAUCAUAGACAAGAUAAUGGGGAAAAUGGGAAUGCUGCUGUGAAUUCCUACUGAGAGAUGCAGUUCAGACUUUUGAAAACUUGCCUUUGAAUCAAGAAUACUUCACACUCAGUGCAACAGGGUACUCUACUUAAUAAUUUGUUGCUUGAUUACAGGUUUUCUCUGUAUUCAUUUUAAAUGUGAUUACAUGUGAGUUGUUAUUUUAUCCUUGAUAUUGUAACAUUAUGUAUAAAUAAGUGAUGCUAUGAAGUAUAUUGGUGAGAGGUAGAAAGUUUAUAUAUAAAUCAUGUGCCUUACAAUUUUAUUGAGUAAAUAUUGCAUUUAAUUUAUAGCUGAUGAUUCAGAAACUGUUGUGCAAGGUCAUGUGUAUUCUAAAAGUAUAAUUGGUAGUAAACCCAGAUAUUGGACAGAUCCCUCUAGUGGAUGUUUCACUUUUAGUUGUAACUUAAAUUAAUGACUAGAUGCCAACAUGCAUCCCCUGGUCAUAAUCAUGGGGAAAAGUGUAACAUUUGAUACAGUGGCAUAAUGAACACAACAUUUUGAGGGGGCCAGAUAUGGCUGAUAGAGCAAAAGUUUUAUAAAUAUGUGAAUCAGGCAAAAAUUUUGACCUUUUUAAUAAAAAAUAUAUCUAAUUUUGGAUAGAUUUUGAUAUUGUAUUCAUAAAAUACUGUUUCCCUUUUUCUUUCUAGGUCAUGAUUUUUUUUUUUUGGGGGGGGCUUGCUUUUUUGGAUAUCAGUGAUACCAUACAAGAUUCUACCAAAACCUGCAAAAUGGUAGAGUUGAAUGUUUUUUACGUUAUGAAAAUUUGUUCUUCAGCUGGUUUACUUUUAGACAUUGAUGGUGCUAAUUCUUAUAAUUUCGGACAUGUUUAAAUUAUUAGGAACUUAAUUUGUGAUAAACAUGUACUUUUCAUGACAAAAUGGAUAAUUGGAUUGUCUGUUAAGUGAUUCAUUGAAAUUAUGUGAAACAUACAAGGCGAAUAUGCGUCCCCUAUUGACAGAACAAGUUUAACCAAGGAUUACAAAAUCAUCAAAUUGACAAUUUUGGUACAGUAUCCUAUACUUUACUGUAUUAAAUUUCAGAGAUACUAAUAACUAUAGUAGAUUUAAAGAUAGUGAAACAUCCUAAUAUGCAAAGCUUAAAUCACUUCCAUUGAUAUUGGUAUUAUUCCAGGAUAGUAUUGUAUUAAUGUGGGUAUUUGAUUUCACAAAUACUGAGCUUGUUGAUGUGAUAGGAAAGAUAAGUUGAGGCUGGAAUUUUCUGAUGUACUCUAAUCUCUUGUCUGAUUAGAGCAUUCACGUGCCACUGCAAACCAUUGUGCAUGAUUUGAAUUUUUUUUU